AUGGGGCACCAGGAGGAGCUGGUGCUGCUGGAGGAGACCCCCGAGGACCUGGAUGAGCUGCCAGAGGGAGAGGAGGAGGAGGAGGAGGAGGAGGAGGAAGAGCUGGAGCUCUCCAGGGCUGCAUUUCGAGGUUCCACGAGGUCGCCCCCCCAAAAACCCUCAUCGCCCCCCGGGGACCCCCCCGGGACUCCCCCCCUGGCCCCCGUGCUGCAGCUCCUGCGCAGCCAGCUGCAGGAGAAGGACGCGCUGAUCCGGCACCUGGAGAGCGACUGGGAGCGCAGCCGGGCGCAGCGGGAGCGCGAGGAGCGGCUGCUGGUCACCGCCUGGUACAACAUGGUGAGCGCGGGGACGGGGACCCCCGGGACCCCCCAGGACCCCCGGGACCCCGGCCAGCCCGGGGGGGACACUCGUGCAGCACGGGGGGGGCUGAGCCCUGGGCUCUGA